AACUUAAUCACGGGGGCCACACCUCCUGCCGCACGGAGGACCAGCGGCACAGAAGCCCUCACCUCACGCCGGUGUCUGCCUGCCCUGGGGCUGUGGGGGCCGCCGUGCCGGGGCCCGCGCUCCCGCCCAGCGGGGAGCCUUGAGCCGCGCCGGCUGCCGUAGGCCGAGAGGUGCCGCCCGCGGCCGCGCCAUGGAGCCACCGCUUCCCCUGCUGAGCGGCACCGCCGCCAUCCUGCUCCUCCUCCCCCUCCUGCUCGUCCCCUUGGCGUUCCUGGCAAGGAGACGGCGUGGGCGGCGGGCGCCUCCCCUCAGCCUGCUGGUGGUGGCCGGCUCCGGAGGGCACACAACAGAAAUCCUGAGGUUACUUAGUUGUUUGUCAGAGUCAUACUCGCCUAGACAUUAUAUUUUUGCAGACUCAGAUAAGAUGAGUGAAGCUAAAAUACGUUCUUUUGAACAAAAAAGGGCUGAAAAGUUCUCCAAUUCCCAGUUCACCCUUGAUCGCAUUCCCAGAAGCCGCGAGGUUAGACAAUCUUGGACCUCCUCCGUGGUAACAACCCUGUACUCCAUACUUUAUUCCUUUCCUUUGACCUACAAACUGAAACCAGAUUUGGUAGAUACAGGACUCUAAGUGUGUGCACACAUCCUCUGUCCUGUCACUGGGAGGAAGAGUUGUGGCGUAUUCUGCUUGGUGGGUCUGGACCUCGGCUUUCUGAUGCUGAGGGCUGCCAGCAAAGCUGCCUGGUGAACUUGGGGAGCAACAGUGAGACUGAAACAGAGCUUCACAUGGGAAAUUUUUAGAGCUAUCAGAAACAAUUAAGGAAAAAGCCACCAUUUCUUCAGGCAUUCAGUGUUCUCUUCAACAACAGCAUGAAGAUACAGUGCCAAGUUACCUGCCUACCAAAGUCUGCCUUCAAUAGGCACGUGAAAGCCAAGUGCUUUUCCUUUUCUUCCUUUAUGAAGAAGAAAAGAAGAAAAAGGAAGAUAGCACUUCUGUCAACUCCUUCACAAGGAUGAUUGCUAGUAACAUAUACUGUCCAUGCAUGCAUUGCCUGUGUGUGCUUUGCUACAGUGUUCUUGUAGAUAAAUAUCAAAAAUAAA